AUGUCACGUCCUAAUAAAAGAAAACUACAUACAUCCAAAUUAUCUAGAAAGCAAGGUCGUUUUGUAUCACAAGAAAUGUCACUUGACAUGGAUAUGACACAAAAUUUGCUACAAGACGAAAUUGCAGAAGAAGAAAUGCCACAAAUUGAACCUAUGAAAGAAGUUACUAUAACACAAGAAAAGGCCAAUGAAUCUGGAGAAAAAAGCAAAAAGUUAAAAUGUCGUUAA